CAAAACGCAAUGCGCCGAACAUUGUACUUGCGCAUUCAGCUCACAACGACUGAUGAAGCUCUUUGGCUCUCAACUAAAGUGAAAUGGAACCUGCUUGGCGUCAGGCAGGGAGAGGGAGAGGUAGAGGUCGGGGUCGAGCUGUUGGUGGAGACACAAGGCCAUCUUCAGACAACAGGGCCCCAGGUGCUAGGAAACAACCAGGCACCUCUACUGGGCAAGCUGAGCAAUAUGGAAGAGUGGCUGAUAGUGCUUCAGGAGCAUUACCUGAUGUAAAAAGAGUUCAUGAGUCUCAAAACCGAUUUUCAGAAAUUCAUAAAGCAAAUCAGGUAGUAGCUCAAAAACUCACAGCAGAUCAGAACUUCUCCUCUUCUUCAGAAGAUGAAUGGGAGGAAGAAAAUAUCGGAAAACAUGGGAAGAUUUUGGUUUCUACCUUUACAACAUACACCGAUCAAGCAGGUGGUGAUUUUACAGAACUUGAACGUACUCGACAGUUCUUAAAUGAUGCUUUUCAGUCUGGGGCCAUUACAUGCUUGAUAUGCAUAGCUUCUGUAAAAAGGAAUCAGGCGAUGUGGAGCUGCAAGGGAUGUUACUGUAUAUUUCAUUUGCCUUGUAUCCAGAAAUGGGCAAAGGAUUGUGUUUUUCUUGUAUCUUCAGUUACUGAUGAUGACUUUGGUAAAAAGGAGCAUCCUUGGGCUUGUCCAAAAUGUAGGCAUGAGUAUAUGAACUUUGAGACUCCUACACGAUACACCUGCUACUGUGGAAAAGUGGAAGACCCGCCAUUAGACCCUUGGCUCGUGCCGCACUCCUGUGGUCAGGUGUGUGAAAAGAAUUUUAGGCCGUCUUGUGGACAUAGCUGUUUGCUGCUUUGCCAUCCAGGUCCGUGUCCGCCAUGCCCAAAGAUGGUCACUGUGACAUGCUUCUGUAAAAGAGCCAAACCUAUUCCAAGACGAUGCAGCUCAAAAGCCUGGUCUUGUCAGAAGACAUGUGGGAACAUGCUUCUUUGUGGGCAGCAUAAAUGUGACAGGCCUUGCCAUGCCGGUGAAUGUCCACUUUGUCCAAGAGUGAGCAAGCAGAAAUGCCUUUGUGGAGCAAGUGUGUCUGAAAGACUUUGUGCAAGCCCUGUGUGGCAGUGUGACAGGGUUUGUGGAAAUGUUUUUCCUUGUGGAUACCACACAUGUGAAAUUGUAUGCCAUUCUGGUUCUUGUGGAGAUUGUCCUCGGUCGGGAAAUAGGGUCUGUCCAUGCGGUAAAUCAAAAUAUUAUCUUCCUUGCACAGAUGAUGUCCCAACAUGUGGUGAUACUUGUGAUAAACUUCUGGACUGUGGACUUCAUAAAUGCUCAAUGCGUUGCCAUCGUGGUCCAUGUGAAACCUGCAGACAGGAGGUGGAAAAACAAUGUAGAUGUGGUAAAUAUUCAAGACACAUGCCAUGCCAUAAGGAGUACAUUUGUGAAUCAAAGUGCCCUAAAACAAAGAACUGUGAACGACAUCAAUGCAAGCGAAAGUGCUGUUCUGGAAACUGUCCGCCAUGUGAUCAACACUGUAAUCGUACUCUUGGAUGCAGAAACCACAAAUGUCCAUCUCUCUGCCACAGAGGGAGUUGUUAUCCUUGCCCAGAGAUGAUUAAUGUGAAAUGUAACUGUGAUGGCACUGUACUUUCUGUUCCUUGUGGGAGGGAGAAGACAACAAAACCACCAAAAUGUAAAGAACAUUGCAGGAAUUCUCCAACUUGCCAUCACCCAAAUCGAGAGAGCCAUCGCUGCCACUUUGGCACCUGUCCACCAUGUCGACAAAUUUGUCAGAAAGUACUGAGUAAAUGUGGGCAUAUCUGUCCAGCCUUAUGCCAUGAUGAAGUAAUGAUUAAGCAGACUGAAAAGCCUCAACUUGCAGGCCCCUGGGAGCAGCCCUCUGAACCGACUUUUGUCUUGACAGCUUUGCCAUGUGCUCCUUGUAAAGUUCCAAUUGCCACGAUGUGUCUUGGGCAGCAUGAAGUCAGCCCUUUGCCUUGUCAUAUAGCUGUUCCCUUCUCCUGUAAAAGACCAUGUGGACGUCUUCUAAACUGUGGCAAUCACACUUGCAUGAGAGAGUGUCAUAUUGUCACAGUACUGGAUAAGUCUGAAAGCAAAGAAAAGGCCGGAAGAGAGUGCCAGCAAUGUGAGGAAAGCUGUUCUAAAGAACGUCCCCCAGGCUGCUCCCAUCCCUGCCUACUGCCAUGCCACCCUGGAGACUGCCCCCCAUGCACACAAAUGAUAAGAGUUAAAUGUCACUGCAAGAUUACAUCCCUCUUCAUUGAGUGCAUAAAAAUGUCUGCUGCUGAUGAAGAUACUAAAAAACUUCUUGGAUCUUGUAAAAAUCAGUGCCCCAAGCUGUUGCCUUGUGGUCAUCGAUGUAAAGAAAUAUGCCACCCAGGUAUCUGUCAGAUCAGUUGCAAUCAAAAGGUGAAACUUAAAUGUCCAUGCAAAAGAAUUAAAAAGGAGGUUCCUUGCUUAAAAGCAAGUGAUGGUCAGAUACUAGUAGAGUGUGAUGAUGUCUGCAAUGAAAUAAAAAAGAAAGCAGCUGAGAUUAAAGAAGCAGAAGAAAGAGCAACACUUGAAGAAGAAAAACAAAAACAGCAGGCGGAAUUGGAAGCUUUUGAAAAGAGAUUUAAAGGACGGCGCAAGAAGAACAAGAGGAGGGAUGAUACUGAAACUGAGGAGACCUUUUGGCAAAAAUAUCAAAAAUACAUUAUGGUGCCAGUUUGUGGAAUCGUGCUUGCUGUUACAGCCGUUUAUUUAAUUCAGUCCUUUUGAUGUUGCUAGUAAUGUAGAAUCUGACUAGUAGAAGUGGAUGCUACCUUCAGAGUACAGUAUUUCCUGUAAAACUCUGGUGUGUUUCUAGCAAUUACUCAGUAGCAGUGUCACAUGCCUGCAAAGUUGUUGAAGCAUACAAAUACAAUAAUACCAGCAGAAGACAUUUUUAUUUAGUGUUUACCUAAACAUGUCUCUGUGAAAUAAUACUUAAUGAAAUUAGACUGUUUCAAGUUAGGCUGGCUAUUUGUCAAAAGCAGAUCAUUCUAAAUAUUUGCAGCAAUUAAGAAUCUGUUGAAAAUUAAAAGUACAGUGUUAUAAAAAGUUACUGUUCUUGGAUGUCUUUUUUUUUUGCUAGAUUUGUCUACACUGCUAGUAAUA